UGAGACGGUCUAUGUCUGUGCGUAAUGGCGCGAGUGUGGUGCAAACCGGCACGCGCGCAGAUUGAUGCAGUCGGCCUGCGCGCGCGUGGCGCAGCUGGAACGUCAUCGGAUGCGCUGGCACGCGAUCCAGCUGCUGCUGUGCGGCGAGAUGACAGAGCGUGACGCUGCGCAUCAGUACGCAUCCGACUGCGCCAGGAGGAGACUUGAGCGCGCGCGCGCUUUGGAAGUGAUUAGUGGAGCCAGCAGCAACUUCCGAUCGAGAAAACCUCCCGUGAGUUGUUGAAGACAGAGAGGGCGGACGGCAGGAACCCGCGCUCCCGCUCCCGGUGAUGUAAGGCGCGUCGUCUGCGCGCCCAUUCCAGAAGUGCCAGCACUGCGGCGUGCUCCCCGAGCAUGGGACCCUUCAAACUCUGAGGGAAGUGCAGAAUCAAUCCUCUGAGACAGAAACAAGGGACGCCGGGAGGUGAGAAUGGAGACGACCACAUCAGAACAGUCGGCCUCGGUGGACGAGCUGGUGGAAGCCUGCAUUGAAGCCUUUGAUGACAAGGGCAUUUUAAAGGAGGACUCUUUGGUCCGCAUGUUCCUCAUGAUGCACCCCUGGUACAUCCCCUCCACUGAAAUGGCUAAAAAACUGGUGCUCAAAUCUCAAGAGGAGAGCUGCUCUUUGGAGCGCCGCACCAAGAUCUGCCACCUCAUCAAGUACUGGAUUUCUGAGUUUCCCGCAGAGUUCAAUCUGAACCCGGAGCUGGCAGACCAGAUCAAAGACUAUAAAGGCCUCCUGACCACCAAAGGCAAUGAGAGUCAGAGUCAACUCAUUGAUCUGGACAGUGUGCCGUCCUAUAAAUGGAAACGUCAAGUGACUCAGCGUGUCCCGUCUGUGUCCAAGAAGAGGAAGAUGUCCCUGCUGUUCGACCACCUCGACUCCUGCGAGCUGGCCGAGCAUCUGACCUACCUGGAGUAUAAAUCCUUCUGCAAGAUCCUGUUUCAGGACUACCACAGCUUUGUGAUGCAUGGCUGCACCGUGGACAACCCUAUCCUGGAGCGCUUCAUCACGCUCUUCAACAGCGUUUCGCAGUGGAUACAGCUCAUGGUGCUCAGCAAGCCCACAGCGCCACAGAGGGCCGCUGUCAUUUCCCAUUUCAUCAGAGUGGCACAGAAGCUGCUGCAGUUGCAGAACUUCAACACUCUGAUGGCGGUGGUGGGCGGCCUCAGCAACAGCUCCAUCUCUCGCCUCAAAGACACCCAGGCUCACAUCAGCGCAGAGACCAACAAGGUGUUCAACAACUUAACUGAACUGGUCACAUCAUGUGGGAACUACAGUCAGUACCGCAAGCGUUUCUCGGAGUGCUCAGGAUUCCGAUUCCCCAUCCUGGGAGUGCACCUGAAGGAUCUGAUAGCCGUGCACGUGGCACUGCCAGACUGGGCGGACAAAGACAAGACUCGGGUCAACCUGGCCAAAGCCCAGCAGCUGUACACCAUCCUUCAGGAGCUGGCGCUCAUCCAGAACACGCCGCCGAACAUCGACGCCAACACGGACCUGCUGAACCUGCUGACUGUUUCCCUGGAUCAGUACCACACAGAGGAGGAGAUUUACCAGAUGUCUCUGCAGAGAGAACCCCGUAAGACAGCGCAAAACUCCAGCCCGGCCCCCGCCCCUGAACCCACCCCCACUGUGAUCGAUGAGUGGGCCGUGUCAGUGAAGCCCAACGCCGACCCAACCAUCAUCAAGAAACACAUCGAGAAGAUGGUGGAGUCGGUCUUCAAGAACUUCGACACCGACGGUGAUGGUCACAUCUCCAGGGAUGAAUUUGAAGCGAUCAGGAACAACUUUCCGUACCUGAGCAAGUUUGGGGAACUGGACAAGAACCAAGACGGGAAGAUCAGCAGGGAAGAGAUGAUCGACUACUUCAUGAAGGCCAGCUCUCUGCUCAACUGCAAGAUGGGUUUCAUUCACACGUUCACAGAAACCACCUAUGUGAAGCCCACAUUCUGCGAGCACUGCGCUGGCUUUAUUUGGGGCUUUUAUAAGCAAGGAUACAAGUGCAAAGCCUGCGGGGUGAACUGCCACAAGGCCUGCCGGAGCCGUCUGGCUGUGGAGUGCAGGAAGAGGACGAAGAGCAUCAGCCACGAGACGCCGCCGGCUCUGCAGGCCCGCUCCUACAGCUUCCCCCCGCCUGCCAACACUCCUCCCACCCUGCAGGGCACAGUUAUUGCCGAGGAGGACUUGGAGACGGUGGAGGAAGGAGUAUUUGAUGUCCACCUAUAACCAGGAGCCUCUGGAUGCAGAGCGGUUCUGAGAUGUGGAGCAGCAACCCUCCUGGAGGUCAUCUUUACCGAGUGGCUGGUUCACUGGAGGCCAGCACCAGACUGGAGCCUGAGAGACUCUUGAGCCCUGAGACUGAACACAAUGCUGCCCCCCAGUGGACGACUCCUGCACCAACACUGUCAGCCUCUGCAUUUCCAUUCAGUUUCUGCAGAACAUCACUGUAUAUUUAAAGUAUAAACAAAAGAAAUCCAUAAAAUUGUAUUUUCUCAGUGAAGUCAGUGUAGUUUGCUGCAGAUUGAUAGUUUUUGUAAAAGAGGUGGUGUUAUUACAAUUAACGAGAAUGAAAACCAGACUAAGCUAUUGUCGCCUACUGCUUUGUUUACUUUGGCUAAUCAUAUUGUUCUGAAUGCAUUCCAGUGGACUGAUGACCAAUUAUUGUGUCAGAUAAAAAGUCGUUUUGUGUUUCGCUGCCUCAAGUGUAAUGACAACUGCGAUUAUUUUACAGACAAAAGAGCGAGCCGAGGCGGCCAUGCAGACAGCUGCCAUUAGAGGCGACUUUGAACAAUGUUGUGUGUCUUGUUUACCAGAGUAUCAGUAGCUGUCUGGUGGAUAAUGCGCUGGUGUUGUCAGCAGCUGCUGUACAUGUGGAAACCGCUGCUGUCUGUCGGAUGAGGAGCCCACUCUCCUGAUGGGUCUGCUGACAGCACUCCUUCCAUAUUUGGUUUGUGAAACAAGUUUAGACUAAUCAAAAGAACCAAAAACUGAAAAAGUCAGAAAGUUUGUUUGUUUUUUUUGACAGAAGCUUCAAAAAGCCUGAGAAUACAAUUAUUCUGUUACUGCACGCCUCCUGUGUUGACUGAGCUUCUCUGUUUCCUACGGCACGCCUGACUCCUCCUUCAUUUAGGAGCCAUUACUGCAGACAUGUUGGUUUCUUUGUCCCCGUGGAGACAUGAAUUCAGACUUCUGCUGAAUGAGCUCCUCACGUUGCAGGUGUUUAUCUGUGCUGUGAAAGUGGCUGUUCUGAUAGACUGUGUUUGCUUUUCUUUCUACCAGGAUGUUUUUUUUUUUUUUUGUGGCUCCUAAAUCAUGUCAGUAUUAAAUGCAGCAGGCACCCUAUAGAUUUAUGUUGCUGUGAAAGUUUGUUGUGAUUAAAGAAUAACACUGAACGGAAAGUAGUUUUUUUUUUCUUUUUUUUUUUUUUUUUACAAGAAGCUGUUCCAUGUGAACAGUAAAAGAUGUAACUUUUAUUAACAGUGUAUUAGAAGGAAUAAAACAAAAGUAAAGCAUC